CUACGUAGUGAGAGUUCCCUCCCUAGAGAACAGACGUGGGCGAGCUCAAGGCUUGCAGGACCGGCUUUGCUUCCCUUCCUGCUAGAAUCCCAAGGGCUGCCAAUGGGAAACACGGGAUUUGGGAGCCGUGUCAUGGGAUGAAGCUGCGUGCACAGGUCCAGGUGGAAAUUGAAGACAGGACUAAAGGCACCAUGAAAGAAACUGAAAUAAAAAGACUGCUGUCUGCCAAUGUUAUCUGUAUAUUCUCCAUUAUUGUAGCAACUGUCAUUCCUUCUCUGUUUCUGGAAAACUACUCAGUCUUGGGAACACACCUGACUUGGUUAUCCAUCUGUUCAGCAAGUGUUGGCACUGUAAAUAUAGUCUUGUAUUUCAUUCUUAAACCAAAUCCAUCUAAUAGAAGAACUUCACUUGCCCAUAAGGUGGCAAGGUUUCUAAGAUGCUGUGUAUACUUCUUCAUGUCUUGUAUCCUAUUUCAUGGAAUAAUUGUUCUUUAUGGAGCACCGCUGAUAGAGUCAGUGCUGGAGACCUUCCUAUUUGCAGUUCUUCUGUCCACAUUUACUACAUUGCACUGCUUGUGUUUGCUUGGGCCAAACAUUCACAUGUGGCUCAGGGUGUUCAGUAAAAACGGGGCAAUGUCCAUCUGGGAUAGCAGUCUACAGAUUACCGCGAUGUGCAGUGUUGUGGGGGCGUGGCUUGGAGCAUUUCCUAUUCCACUGGAUUGGGAUCGGCCGUGGCAGGUGUGGCCCAUUUCCUGUUCGCUCGGAGCGACCUUUGGCUACGUGGCCGGUCUCCUUAUUGCACCUUUGUGGAUAUACUGGAACAGGAAGCAGCUUACGUACAAAAGCAGAUAGCUGGCGCAAAGAGAGAAGGCAUUUUUUGUUGCUGUGCUGAUUCCUGGCGUCGUGACUGCACAAAGACCACAGUCAAAGCAGAAGGCAAUCGAAACACUUUUGGAGCAUCGUCAGGCCCUCCUCCUCCUCCUCCUCACAGCACGUUUUGCAUGCUGUGGCAACAUGAUGAUGCAUCUGUCGCUUGUCCUAAAUUAUGUUACCCCUGAGAGAUUGUACUUUUCCUUCCAGCCUGAAUAAAGUGUUUGUAACAGA